UCCGGGUUCCCGCAUUCUGGUCCAAAUCCACAUCUCUGCGUCAGUUCAACACACACACAUUGUACACACACUGGAGCUAGCAGCUAGCAGCAUCGAUCGUGGCUCCUUUAAGACAAACUCAGCCACAAAUAACACCCCACCUCCUCUUGAUUACAUUUAGAGUCUAUUGCAUAGAAAAAUCUGCUCAAGAUCCGAGGCUGAUGAAAGGAAAAUUGAAAGCUAGAUUUUUUCUUUGUGCAUUUUGACUAUUAACAGUUUAAGGUAUCCAGACCUGUGGAAACAUUCGGUGGAUCAUCAUUCAUUCACUACCUUGACAAGCUCGCCUUUGAUUGACAGCUGGAGUGGCAAAAAGCCAUGAGACUUGCUAGUUUUGUUUGAGGGGCACUUUUACUGAUUUGGGGAAGAAGAUUUGUUCUUUCCCUAUUGCUGUUCUGGGAAAAGGAGAAGACGGAGCAAUUUAAUAAUUUGUAUGAGUUUUUACCUUAACCUGAAUCUGACUUAAAAAUCUGGACCGGUCGUCCGAUUAAAAGGGAUCGUACAGGAUUAAAAAUAGUAUUUGGAGUUUGCGAGUUUAUUUCUCUUCACGCUGGCCUCCUAGGAGAUACAUUAGAAGUUGUAGGAAGAAGAAGGAGUGAGGCAGGCCGAUGGCGCAAAGGUACGACGAUUUAGCCCAUUAUGGUGGGAUGGACGGAGUAGGAAUCCCGACCACCAUGUAUGGGGACCCCCAUGCCAGGACUAUGCAGCCUGUCCACCACCUGAAUCACGCUCCUCAGCUGCAUGCUCACCAGUACCCGCACACAGCCCACACCAACGCUAUGCCUCCCAGUAUGGGAUCCUCUGUCAACGACGCUUUAAAAAGAGAUAAAGAUGCCAUUUACGGGCAUCCAUUAUUUCCCCUUUUAGCACUGAUUUUUGAGAAAUGUGAAUUAGCGACUUGCACUCCCAGGGAACCCGGGGUAGCAGGCGGUGAUGUCUGCUCCUCAGAGUCAUUCAAUGAAGACAUAGCCGUAUUCGCAAAACAGAUCCGGGCAGAAAAACCUUUGUUUUCUUCAAACCCGGAGCUGGAUAACUUGAUGAUCCAGGCGAUUCAAGUAUUAAGAUUUCAUCUUCUGGAGCUAGAAAAGGUACAUGAACUGUGUGACAAUUUCUGCCAUCGAUAUAUUAGCUGUUUAAAAGGAAAAAUGCCAAUUGAUUUGGUAAUAGAUGACAGAGAAGGUGGAUCGAAAUCAGAUACGGAAGAGAUCACAAGAUCUUCAGGAAAUCUUGAUCAGACUUCAUGGAACAGAGAUCAUGAUGACACAGCAUCAACACAUUCAGGUGGGACGCCAGGACCCUCCAGUGGGGGACAUACAUCACACAGUGGGGACAACAGUAGUGAUCAAGGUGAUGUUUUAGACAACAGUGUGGCUUCACCCAGCACAGGAGAUGAUGAUGACCCUGACAAGGAAAAGAAACACAAUAAAAAACGAGGAAUAUUUCCCAAAGUAGCCACAAAUAUUAUGAGGGCCUGGCUAUUCCAACACCUCACACAUCCAUACCCUUCAGAAGAACAAAAAAAGCAAUUGGCACAAGAUACGGGUCUCACCAUACUACAAGUGAAUAAUUGGUUCAUUAAUGCCAGAAGGAGAAUAGUUCAGCCAAUGAUAGACCAGUCAAAUCGAGCAGUAAGUCAAGGAACACCUUACAAUCCAGAUGGUCAGCCAAUGGGAGGGUUUGUUAUGGAUGGACAGCAGCAUAUGGGAAUUAGACCUCCGGGACCUAUGACUGGAAUGGGCAUGAAUAUGGGCAUGGAGGGGCAAUGGCACUACAUGUAAUCAUCACCUUGUUAACCAUUCACAAAGAAAGGGGAAGUCUGCAGAGAAUGGCAAGUGACUAUGUGUGUCAUGGUAGUCCGAUAGGUGUGAGUAUUGGACUACCAAAUUACCAUCCAUCUCAGAUGCCUCCUCAUUCCAUUCUGUUGC